AUGCUAACUUUUAAUCAAUUAAUAAAAAAUUCAAGAAAAAAAAAGAAUAAAUUUAAAAAUUCAAUUUUAAAUAGAUGCCCACAAAAAAAAGGUAUUUGUUUAAAAGUAUUUACUAAAUCACCUAAAAAACCUAAUUCUGCUUUAAGAAAAGUAGUAAAAAUUAGAUUAUCUAAUAAUAAAGAAAUUAUAGCAUAUAUACCAGGAGAAGGAUAUGCUAUACAAGAACAUAAUUAUGCUUUAAUUAAAGGAGGGAAAGUUCAAGAUUUACCUGGGAUUAGAUAUAAAAUUAUUAGAGGUGCUUUAAAUGUAUCUGGAGUUAAAAAUAGAAAAAGUAGUAGAUCUAAAUAUGGUACUAAAAAAUAA